UUAAAGGUGACAGCUUCAAGGCACCACCCCGCGGAGCAUGAUAUAAGGAAAAAUGAGGGACAGACUAAGUGACCUGGGUGUUGUCACCUCUAAACUUAUCGCAGAGGAAGAGGCUGGUAUUGAAAAUGGAGAGAAUGUGGACAAUGGAGAGCUGGAGCAACAUGCUGUGGUGUUUGAAGGUGAGGACGUCAUGGAGGAAGCCUUCAAGGAGGCCCAGUCGAUGCGUAAAGAAAUCACUCUGCUCAGGACGGAGGUGAAGCGACUAGGCAAACAAAACACCCGCUUUCUCACCUCGGUCAGACGGAUCAGCAGCAUCAAACGCGACUCAAACACCAUUGCCCGUGGCAUUAAAACCCGUGGAGAGAGCCUGUAUGGUAGACUCCAGAAAAUGGAGGCGCUAAGCAAAGAAUUAGAUGAAAAAUGCGGAGCGCAUUCAGCUGUGGCACGAAUGGUACGAUCUCAGUACAUUUCCAUAACUGGUGCCUUCCACGAGGCCAUGUUUGAGUACAACGAAGCUGAGAUGGCUCAGAGAGAGAAUUGCAAGACUCGAAUUCAGAGGCAGGCAGAGAUAGUGGGCAAGGAGGUGACUGGGGACCAAGUUGAAGAAAUGAUCGAAACGGGCAAGUGGAAUGUGUUCUCGGAGGACCUGCUGACCGAUGGACGAACAGCCCGCUCGGCGCUGAACGAGAUCGAAAACCGUCACAAAGAGCUUCUGGAACUGGAGAGCCGUAUUCGCGACAUCCAUGAACUGUUUUUCCAGCUGGCUCUGCUGGUGGAGCAACAAGGGUCCAUGCUGGACAAUAUUGAGGCCAAUGUAAGUGCCACCCAGGACUAUGUGGCCAAGGCCUCAGUAGAGAUAAGGAAAGCUGUUAAGUAUAAAAAGAAAAACCCAUGCAGACAACUUUUCUGCUGUUGCUUCCCAUGUUGCAAAUAGCAAAUACAUGCUGAAGUUCUCCUUUGUUACAGUA